GCACCGCGCCUGGGCAAAACAGCAAACCCUGAGUGACUGAGCUGAUUAUCACCCUUCCCCAAGGACCCUGCAGCUUGCUUUGGCUUCUGAGCGCCUCACGAAGGUUGGAAGAGGCUGAUCCUGCAAACCUAGCGAGGAUGGAAGGGGGAAGAUGGACAGUUGACUUGGUCAGGCUGCCUCCUGCAUCCCUCCCCACAACCUCUGACCGUUCUUUCCCAGGACCCUCAGAGAGAUCUGCAGGUGACGCAGACAAUCGACAGAACUCUGCAGAAUGUGGAAUGAGCUCCAUUGCUGGUGGAGACCUUACAAACCAUCAACAAACUCACGCAGGGAGUAAACCAUUUCACUGUACUGUUUGUGGAAGGAGCUUUGGUCGGAAAUAUACGCUUGAACAGCACCAACAAACUCACACAGGGGAAAAACCAUUUCAGUGUAAUGAGUGUAGAAAGAGCUUCAGUCGGAAAGAAUAUCUUAGACAGCACCAACAAAAUCACACAGGGGAAAAACCAUUUCAGUGUAAUGAGUGUAGAAAGAGCUUCAGUCGGAAAGAAUAUCUUAGACAGCACCAACAAAAUCACACAGGGGAAAAACCAUUUCAGUGUAAUGAGUGUAGAAAGAGCUUCAGUCGGAAAGAAUAUCUUAGACAGCACCAACAAAAUCACACAGGGGGAGAACUAUUUCUAUGCAAUGAGUGUGGAAAGUCUUUCUGCAGCAAAUCAAACCUUACUGAACACCAGCAAACUCACACAGGGGAGAAGCCUUUUAAAUGCAUGGAAUGCGAAAAGAGCUUUGGUCGGAAAUAUAGGCUUGAACAGCACCAACAAACUCACACAGGGGGAAAAUCAUUUCAGUGUAAUGAGUGUGGAAAGAGCUUUGGUUGGAAAGAAUAUCUUAGACAGCAUCAACAAACUCACAUAGGGGAAAAACUAUUUCAAUGCAAUGAGUGUGGAAAGUCUUUUGGCUACAAAUCACACCUUACCAAACACUAGCGAACUCACACAGGGGAGAAACCCUUUAAAUGUAUGUUGUGUGGGAAAUGUUUCAGUGACGAAGGAAACCUUGCAAGACAUCAAGUAACUCACACAGGGGAGAAGGCAUGACAAUGUAUGGAGUGUGGAAAGUCGUUCAGCCAAAAACCACAACUUACCACACACCAGCGAACUCACACAGGGGAGAGACCAUUUAAAUGCAUGGAGUGUGGAAAGUGCUUCAAUGAAAAUGCAAAUCUUAAGAUACAUCAACGAACUCACACAGGGGAGAAACCUUUUAAAUGUAUGAAAUGUGGAAAGUGCUUCAUUGCUAGUAGAGCACUUCGGAAACAUGAGCGAAUUCACACAGCGGAAAACCACUUUUAGUAAGGUUAAAGCUAACUGGGAAAUGAUACACUGGGUGGGGUAUAA